AUGCUACAUAUUCAAGUGGUCAACAAGGUCAUUAUAAAGAUUCAGAGUGUCAGCACUGCAUUCAUCUCAGUGAGUGAAAGAUUGAUAGAAUUCAAUCAUGUAUACUAUGUGUCAGAACUAUCUGCAAAUCUGAUCUCUGCUGAGCUUAUGAAAUAUCAGGGCUAUAUUUACUGUGAUCUGCAAGUUGAUGCUGAGAACUACUUUGAGUUUCUGUCAUCUAUCAACAGUGAUAUCUUCUAUACUAAUCUGUCUCACAAUAAUAUUUACAUUCUAUCUGACAGCUCACCGACAUUUCAUGGGGUAAUGAAUGACUCAAUGUAUGAAGCAGUGGCAUAUGUAGCUGUUCCAAAACUAAAGACAAUCUCAACAGACUACAAUUCAAAUGCAGGGUCUUUGAGACCUUUCAGCUGUGAGGAGAUUGAACAGUUAAUCAAUUCUAAGAAUUCAGAUACUGAUUUCUUUGUUAUCUCAUCUUCAUCUCAAUUAUCUGCAGUCCUUUCAAAACAGCUACUGAUAGAUGAGUGA